AUGGAGGUGACCACUGUGUUCCCAUCUCCUGCCUCACCCACCGAAGGAGAUGAUCUCUGUGAGACAGAUGUCACCGAUGUGGCCAUACACAGUGUGACACUGCUCAUUUGCCUCUGUGGGCUGGCUGGGAACGGGGCUGUCAUCGGCCUCCUCAACCUGAAAAGUGUCAACUAUGGCAUCUUUGACCUGGCUCUUGCCGACUUCCUCUUCCUUCUCUUCACAGUCCCUUCCACCUUCCUCUUCCUGGUGGAGGAUGGGUCCUGCUCUCCUAUUGUGCCCAUGCUGUACCUGCGUUUCCUUCUGCAGCUGUCAGUGGUCUCCUACUACUGGGGGCUGUUCCGGCUGACAGCCCACAGCCUAGGAAAGGACGUGGCCUCACUCUGCAAGCUCUGCUGCUGCUGCCAACUUCCCGAGCGCCUGACAUGGGUGGUGUGGAGAGCCAAAUACUGGGUCUUUUUUGCUCUUUUCACUAUCAUUCCUGCAGUGACAUUCUUGUGCCCAUCACACGAGCAGGAGCACUGCCGGGCAGCUCUCAUCUCCAUGUACACCAUCAUCCUGCUCCUCUUUGUUGCACCCGUGGUGAUUUACCGCACAAUCGUCCUCAUUAAGGCCCAGCAACGCUCCCAGCAGCAGCAGCCCAAGAGGCGCAACAUUGUUAUCAUCAUCAUUGUGCUCUUCACUCUCCUUCUCAUCAUCUGCAAUUUCCUGCAGGAGGUCGGUUACAUCACUGUGUCCUCCCAGGUUGUUUUCCUGCUCACCUGCAUCCACAGCACCAUCAAACCCUUCAUCUACUUCUUGGCAGGAAGGUGCUGGAGGCCCUGCUCUGUGCAGUCCCUCCAGCUCACCCUCAACAGUGUCUUUGAGGAGCAGAAAGAAAAAACUUGUGCCUCUGGCCGUACCUCUGGCUGCAAGCCUGUCAUCAGCCUCCUCAACCUGAACAUCCCCAACUCUGGCUUCUUUGACCUGGCUGUUGCCAAUUUCUUCUUCCUCCUCUUCACAGUCCCUUCCACCUUCCUCAUCCUGGUGGAGGACGUGUCCUGCUCUCCUAUUGUGCCCAUGCUGUACCUGCGUUUCCUUCUGCAGCUGUCAGUGGUCUCCUACUACUGGAGCUUGACAUUCCUGUGCCCAUCACACGAGCGGGCGCACUGCCGUGUUCCUCUCAUCUCCACGUACACCCUCAUCCUGCUCCUCUUUGUUGCACCUCUGCUUGUUUCCAGCACAGUUGAUUUCAUUAAGGCCAAGUGGGGCUCCAGGCAGCAGCAGCCCAAGAGGCGCGACAUCGUUAUCAUCAUCACUGUGCUCCUCACUCCCCUCCUCAGUUUUUGCAAUUUCCUGCAGCAGCUCGGUUACAUCACUGUGCCCUCCCAGGUUGCUUUCCAACUCGCCUGCAUCCACAGCAGCAUCAAACCCUUCAUCUACUUCUUGGCAGGGAGGUGCACAAGACCCUGCUGUGUAGGGUUGCUCAAGCUCUCCCUCCAGUGCGUCUUUGAAGAGCCAAAAGAAAAAACUGACCACAGCGAUGAUCAUGCCAUGGGCACAGUGUUCUGA